AGCAAGCAAAGCAAUGUGAUUGAUAAUAUUGUAUGUGGAAGUUGAGUACUACGAACAGCGUGUUCGACUUGAAUCGAAGUGUUGGUCGAAUCUGAUAUAAUACAUUUAAGACAAUAAAUACUUCAUAAACACAUACUCAUAAUGGAGUAUAUUUCUCCUGAAUCGGAAACUACGCCAGGCGGCGCUAGAAUAUUAUGCUGCCAGUGUGCUGUGCCCAUAGAACCCAAUCCGUCAAACAUGUGUGUUGCUUGUUUACGAGCAAAUGUUGACAUCUCAGAUGGUAUACCCAAACAAGGCACUCUGUUCUUUUGUAGAGGAUGUGAGAGAUAUUUGCAGCCUCCAGCAGAAUGGGUAGUAGCAGCAUUAGAGUCUCGGGAACUGCUUGCUCUGUGCCUCAAGCGAUUAAAAGGCCUGAACCGUGUCAAACUGGUUGACGCUGGCUUUGCUUGGACAGAACCACAUUCCAAGAGAAUUAAGGUUAAAUUGACAGUACAAGGAGAAGUGAUGGGAGGAGCAGUACUUCAACAAACCUUCAUUGUGGAGUUCAGUAUACAGCAUCAGAUGUGUGAUGCUUGCCACAGGUCUGAAGCUCAAGACUACUGGCGUGCCUUAGUGCAAGUGCGACAGAGAGCCAACAACAGGAAGACAUUCUAUUACCUGGAACAGCUGAUUUUGAAACAUAAGGCUCAUGAAAAUACCCUUGGUAUUAAGCCUAAACAUGAUGGAUUAGAUUUCUUUUAUGCAACCGAAAAUCACGCUCGCAAGAUGGUUGACUUCAUCCAGUCAGUCCUGCCAAUAAAAUGUCAGCAUUCCAAGAAACUUAUAUCACAUGACAUCCAUAGUAACGUCUAUAACUACAAGUUCACAUUUAGUAUUGAAAUUGUACCAUUAUCUAAGGACAGUGUUGUGUGCCUUCCUAAGAAGUUGACUCAACAACUUGGUGCUAUAUCACCUAUCUGCUUGGUCAACAGAGUGACCAGUACCAUUCACCUAAUUGAUGCUAAAACUGGACAAGUGUGUGAUUUGUCAUCUACCGUUUAUUGGAGGAAUCCAUUUACACCAAUAUGUAACCCAAAGCAGUUGGUUGAGUACAUUGUAAUGGACAUUGAUAUACUCAAAGAGCAUGAAAAGAAAGCAUUCCCUGGCCAAGGCAUGGUUUCCAGUAAGCAUGUGGUGGCAGACGUGUGGGUUGUCAAAGCCAGUGAGCUCGGCUUGGAUGUCAGUCCAGUUCACACUAGGACACAUUUGGGUCAUAUUCUGAAACCUGGUGAUACAGUUCUGGGUUACAACAUCGGCGAUUCCAACGUUAACGAUUCGAACUUCGACAAACUGGACCCCAGUUUAGUUCCAGACGUGUUUCUGGUCAAGAAGUUCUACGGCGAGAAGUCGGCUAGACGUCGUGCGCGUGCCUGGAAACUGAAACAUAUGGCCGAAGAGCUGCAUGAAGGCCUUAGCUCUACAAAUGAGGACUACAACGAUUUCUUGGAUGACUUAGAAGAGGACCCAGCUUUCAGGCAAAACGUGAAUAUAUUCAAGGAUGAACAGAAAAUACCAGUCGACACGGAUGAGAUCGACCCGUCGCUACCUCGCAUCACAUUGGCUGAGAUGUUGGACGACUUGGUCAUCGAAGACGUGGACAUGACCGAAGUCUAAAUAUGUUUUUUAUGUUGAAGUUAAUAUAAAAUUAUUAACAAUA